GGCUCUGAACCUGCUUCUCUGCUGCGGGAUUGUCUCUCCCUCCCUCUCUCCCCCUCUCCCCGCUCCUGUGUGUUUGGCUCCCCGGCUGUGUGUGCGCGUACACUGUGUAUAUAUAUGUGAGCUGGGAGGUUAUUGCAAGCUUCUCUCAGCAGCGCUGCUCUGUACAGGAAGAAGGGCUCAGCUGCAGUGGUAGCAUCAACAGCAGCGUUAGCAGCACCAGCGGCUUUUUCCGCCUUUCUCCCUUCCCUUCAUCUCCAUCUCCCUUUCCCUCCCUCUCCCCUGUCUUUUUGGGGAUUGGUUUUCCUUUUUUUUCUGUUUUUCUCUUCUACAAUCCUUCUUGUUUGACACUUCCUGGAUUUUUUUUUCUUUUUUCUUUUUUUUUCCGCCCCGUUUUUUUUUUUUUACAUUUCCUCUGAGAAGGAGGCACAGACACACACACAGAGAAACACAGAGAAAUAAGGGAAAGAAAAGUACCAGGACUUAUCCUGCCGCUGCAAACCCAGAGAUAGCAGACGAAGAGGGGGGUUGGCUUCUACCCCAAGGUAAAGCCCUGCCCCCUUUACCUCUUCACCACCUCCUCCGAGAAAGAGAAGGAGAGAGAGAGAGAAGGGGGCAAAGUGGAGAACAGCAGGUCUUCUGCGGCUGGCAUUGGGAGUACAGGGAGCCAGGAAGUGAAGGAUGCUUGUGGUUACCCGAGCUGGCUGCAGGGCAGCUCUCUUCCUCUGGAUUUUCAGCAGCAUUAGCUGCAGAGCCAGGACUGCUCUGCCUGCAUCUCAGAAGUGUGAUGAGCCUUUGGUCUCAGCGUUACCCCACUCCUCCUUCAGCAGUUCAUCAUCUAUGACAAGCAGCUAUGUACCUGGGUAUGCCAAGUUAAACAAGAGAGGAGGUGCAGGAGGUUGGUCUCCAUCAGACAGUGAUCAUUAUCAAUGGCUGCAGGUGGAUUUUGGGAACAGGAAGCAGAUCAGUGCUGUUGCAACUCAAGGCAGGUACAGCAGUUCUGACUGGGUCACUCAAUAUCGGAUGCUCUAUAGUGAUACAGGAAGAAACUGGAAACCAUACCACCAAGAUGGAAAUAUCUGGGCAUUUCCUGGAAAUACAAACUCUGAUAGUGUGGUCCGGCAUGAUUUGCAACAUCCUGUUAUUGCUCGCUAUGUACGGAUAGUUCCUUUGGACUGGAAUGAAGAGGGACAAAUUGGGUUAAGAAUCGAAGUCUAUGGCUGCUCCUAUUGGGCUGAUGUUAUCAAUUUUGAUGGCCAUGUAGUGUUACCAUACAGAUUCAGGAACAAGAAAAUGAAAACACUGAAAGAUGUCAUCUCUCUGAAAUUUAAAACCUCUGAAAGCGAAGGUGUAAUCUUCCACGGAGAAGGACAGCAAGGAGACUAUAUCACCUUGGAACUGAAGAAAGCCAAGCUUGUUCUAAAUUUAAAUUUAGGCAGCAACCAGCUUGGCUCUAUUUAUGGCCACACAUCCGUGAUGACAGGCAGCCUCUUGGAUGAUCACCACUGGCACUCCAUCAUCAUAGAGCGCCAUGGGAGAAACAUCAAUCUCACCCUUGACAGACACAUGCAGCACUUCAGAACCAAUGGAGAAUUUGAUUACUUGGACCUGGAUUAUGAGAUAACCUUUGGAGGCAUGCCGUUUUCUGGGAAGCCAAGUUCUAACAGCAGGAAAAAUUUCAAAGGCUGCAUGGAGAGCAUCAACUACAAUGGCAAUAAUAUCACUGACCUUGCCAAAAGGAAGAAAUUGGAACCUUCUAAUGUGGGAAAUUUAAGUUUUUCUUGUGUGGAGCCACAUACAGUGCCUGUCUUUUUCAAUGCAACCAGUUACCUUGAGGUUCCUGGUCGUCCAAGCCAGGACCUGUUUUCAGUCAGUUUCCUUUUCCGAACCUGGAAUCCCAAUGGACUUCUUGUCUUCAGCAACUUUGCAGAUGACCUGGGGAACGUUGAGAUCGACAUAAAUGAGGGCAAAGUCAGUGUCCAUAUCAAUGUCACCCAAGUGAAGAAGAACCGAAUAGACAUCUCAUCCGGCUCUGGUCUCAAUGAUGGGCAGUGGCAUGAAGCCCGAUUCCUAGCUAAGGAAAAUUUUGCUGUCCUCACCAUUGAUGGCGAUGAAGCUUCAGCUGUUCGAACAAACAGCCCUCUACAGGUUAAGACUGGAGAGAAAUACUUCUUUGGAGGGUUUCCUGUACAGAUGAAUGACUCGGAUCACUUGCUAUUCCAGCAUUCAUUUCAAGGGUGCAUGCAGUUUAUUCAUGUGGAUGAUCAGCUGGUGGAUUUACACGCAGUGGAGCAAGGCCAACUGGGAAGCUUUGCCAAUGUCACCAUUGACAUGUGUGCCAUUAUUGAUCGGUGUGUGCCCAAUCACUGUGAACACGGUGGCAAAUGCACCCAGACGUGGGACAGCUUCAAGUGCACUUGCGAUGGAACUGGAUACAGUGGUGCCACUUGUCAUAACUCCAUUCAUGAACUCUCUUGUGAAGCAUACAAACACUUGGGCAAAACUUCGAAUUACUACUGGAUAGAUCCAGAUGGCAGUGGGGCACUGGGACCUUUGAAAGUUUACUGCAACAUGACAGAGGAUAAAGUAUGGACAACUGUGUACCAUGAUCUGCCAGUGCAGACUUCUGUGGGAGUACAGUUAUCUGUACUGCAGCUCAACUACAGUGCGACGAUGGACCAGAUUUCUGCCAUUACCAGUAGUGCUGAAUACUGUGAGCAGUUCAUCUCCUAUUCUUGCAAGAUGUCCCGGUUGCUGAAUACACCAGAAGGGAAUCCAUACACCUGGUGGGUUGGCAAAGCCAAUGAGAAGCACUACUACUGGGGCGGAUCAGGACCUGGCAUUCAAAAAUGUGCCUGUGGCAUUGAACGCAACUGUACAGAUCCCAAAUACUACUGCAACUGUGAUGCUGACUAUAAGCAAUGGAGAAAAGACACUGGGAUGUUGUCAUACAAAGAGCACCUACCAGUGAGUCAGAUAGUGGUUGGAGACAUUGACCGGCCUGGGUCUGAAGCCAAGGUAUCUGUGGGUCCCGUGCGUUGUCAAGGAGAUCGGAAUUACUGGAAUGCAGCUUCUUUUGUUACUUCAUCAUCCUACCUUCACUUCUCCACUUUCCAAGGGGAAACCAGCGCAGACAUCUCCUUCUACUUCAAAACAUCUGCUUCAGAUGGGGUGUUUCUUGAGAAUCUGGGGAACACUGACUUUAUCAAAUUGGAGCUGAAAUCUGCUACGGAGGUUUCCUUUUCAUUUGAUGUUGGAAAUGGGCCUGUGGAAAUCAUCGUUAGAUCUCCCAACCAGCUCAAUGAUGAUCAGUGGCAUCGUGUCAAUGCUGAGAGGAACGUCAAGCAAGCCAGCCUGCAAGUAGACCAGUUACCCAUGGAGGUCCGGAAAGCACCAACAGAAGGCCACACGCGGCUGGAAUUGUACAGCCAGCUCUAUGUUGGUGCUGCGGGAGGGCAGCGAGGCUUCCUGGGUUGCAUUCGUUCUUUAAGGAUGAACGGAGUGACACUGGACCUGGAAGAGAGGGCGAAAGUCACGCCAGGGGUGAAGCCCGGCUGCUCUGGCCACUGCACGAGCUAUGGGAUGUACUGUGCCAACGGUGGGAAGUGUGUUGAGAAAUACAACGGGUACUCCUGUGACUGCUCCAGAACUGCCUAUGAUGGACCAUUUUGCAUUAAAGAUGUUGGAGCAUUUUUUGAAGAGGGAAUGUGGCUUCGUUACAACUUCCACUCCCCAGGGACUAGCAUGAAGGAUUUAGUGAGCCGAACACUUUUGAGUUCUCCAGAUACCGAGACCACAGAGCCUGACCUGAACUUGAAUAAAGAAGAGCUCAGCUUCAGCUUCAGUACCACCAAGUCCCCUUGUGUUUUAUUGUACAUCAGCUCCUACACCCAGGACUUCAUGGCUGUGCUUGUCAAGCCGUCUGGGAAUCUGCAAAUUCGAUACAGCCUUGGAGGCACCAAAGAGCCAUAUAACAUUGAUGUCGACCACAGAAACAUGGCUAAUGGACAGCCCCAUACUGUUAACAUCACACGAAAUGGACGGGACAUAGUACUGCAGCUUGAUCACUAUCCUCCAGCGAGUUACAGCCUGCCAGCAGCAUCUGAUAUUCAGUUCAAUUCCCCAAAGGCGCUAUUCCUAGGAAAAGUAAUAGAAAUUGGGAAGAUUGACCAAGAUAUAUAUAAAUACAACACCCCAGGAUUCACUGGCUGCCUAUCCAGAGUACAGUUCAACCAGAUCGCUCCGCUCAAAGCAGCUCUGAGACCUACCAACGUCUCCUCUCACGUCCACAUCGAAGGGGAACUGGUGGAAUCCAACUGCGGAGCAUCUCCACUCACCAUCCCACCAAUGUCGGCCGCUACCGACCCGUGGCACUUAGACUCAGCCAGUGCUGAUUUCCCAUACAACGGUCAAGCUAUAGGAGAUGGAGUUAACAGGAACUCUGCCAUUAUUGGAGGUGUCAUCGCAGUGGUGAUCUUCACCAUCCUCUGCACCUUGGUGUUCCUGAUCCGCUACAUGUUCCGCCACAAGGGAACCUACCACACCAACGAGGCCAAAGGGGCAGAGUCAGCCGAGAGCGCCGAUGCUGCCAUCAUGAACAAUGACCCCAACUUCACAGAGACCAUCGACGAGAGCAAGAAGGAAUGGCUUAUCUAAGCACAGGGGGAUGGGGCCUGGGGUGGGAUACGAGCUGGGCCAGGGUGGGACUGGGAUGACUCUUACAGUGGGGAGAGAACACUGUGCGUCAGACACUUGAGCACACGUACGGUAAAAAGAUCAGCACAACUGGAGGAGCAAGUGACAGGAAAGCACCACUGAGACUGGAGGAAAAAAAAAGAAUAUCUCAAGCAUUUAAGAAAAAAACACUUUUCCGUAUUUAUUUACAGCGAAUUGCAACUUCCAUAUCCA